UAUAUUGUGCAUCCCUAUUUCAAAUAUGCUUGUAAUGAUUGAUGUUAUAGUAAGUCCUCAAUGUGAAUCACAUAUCAGCAUCGUGGUGGAUCUCCUGCAGGAGCUGACAGACAUCGACACGCUUCACGAGAGCGAGGGGGGGCCGAGGUGCUCAUCGACGCUCUGGCCAAGAUGCCUUUCGAUGCCAGUAAGCUGUACUGCAGUGAAAUACUGGCUAUCAAUGACAGUGUUAAAGCAUCAUAAUCCAGCCACGCCGGAGGAACAGGAAAUGAUGGAGAAUCUUUUUGACACGCUCUGUUCCUGCCUCAUGCUUCCAGCCAAUCGUGAUCGUUUCCUCAGGGGGGCGGGGCUUCAGCUCAUGAACCUCAUGCUCAGGGAGAAGAAGAUGUCUCGAGUCAGUGAUCGGUCCAGAGGGGUCAGAUAUCUACAGACCACAUUCUCUCCGUUCAUGAAGAUGCCCAAGAAGAUGAAGAUAGUGGGGAUAUCGGACAAGAAGCAUGAAAUUUUACCGUCUCUUCUUCACCACGUUUGAUCAGAAGUGAAAAUCCAACAAGAGAAAGUUUGAAACUUGUCUAUAAAGCAGCAGUGGAACCUCUUGUGUUCACUUGGUUUGAUCUUCCUCGUCUAGAAGAGCACAUCGCCGUCACCUCACACUCAUCGAUCACUGCUUUUACUUCAUGUAAAGUGAAUGGAUGGUUAAAUCAGGACACUAACGCCUUGUUUUCUUCUGGUGUGCUCCAUCAUCGCCUCCAUGAUGAAGAACCUCAGAGGGCAGCAGAGAAGUCGUCUCCUGAGCAAGUUCACGACUGCGAGAAGCUGACGAUACGGCUUUAUUAUCUUCUGCUUCUAAAGACGACGAGAAAAGAGCACUUCAGGAGAGAAGGGUUUAACGCUGCCAUAAAGAUGAUAUAAAGUCUUCUAGUGUUGUGAUGAGCAUAAAGUCUAAUUCUUUUAGAAAUGAAACCUUGCCGUCUUGUUUAUGAGUUAAUAUAAAAUAGAAUUUACAAACUUAAAAUAAAAGCCUUUCACAAAAACAUUUAACAGAAAUGUACUGUGGUUAGAAAUUUAACUGAUUGCACAUUUGUAAUAAACUCUGAACCGUUGACAAGUUCUGCAAUUGAAACUUUUAUCAGUAUCCUGUUUUCGUUUUGUUUUCUCUUUUGCUUUUCAGUAGUAUGUUAGUUUUUUGUUUGCUUUUAUUUAUUCAUUAUUUUAUUUGUUCUUCUGUGCUCUCGUCUAUUCUUUCUUUGAGUUGGAC